UUUCCGCGCCAAAUUGCGCAUCUCUUGUUUCUUUCUCACUCUCACACUCAAGCAAUCGCCGGAUGCAAAAAUGCCGAUCUCUUUCAUCGCCGUCCAGUGUUUCGAGUGCUCCACCAUGCAGGUGAAGCAGCAGAAGAAGAGCAGCAACAAAUGGAUCUGCGUGGUGUGCAAUCAGAAUCAAUCCGUGCAGAAGGUGUUCGCGCAGUCGUUCACGGCGAAGGACGUGCGCAAAGUCGUACAGAAUUUCAACAUAUCUCGCCAAAUUUCCGAUCAGCAGCAUCCGAUCUCCGGCGAAGAGCCUCAGAUCACCGCCGACUCUCCAAAAAAGGAAGAGCAGAAGAGGAAAAGGAGCGAUUGGACGGAGUACAUCGAUAGCGACGAUCAGGAGGAAUGCUCUGCUAAAUUCGAGCUAGGGGUGCAUUCUGCACAAGGGGAUGGUGGAAUCGAGCCAUUGGUUGUGACAGAGAUGCCGAAGGCGAUGUUCUCUAAGCCUAAAGUAAGGAACUACUCUUGCAGAGGGGAAAAGCUUUUGAGACCUUCGUUUCCAAACAGAAGAGAUGGCAAAGUGCAGCAAAAUGAAGAUUUGGGAAGAAAUUCCAAUGUGGUAAACGCUAAAGACAAGGGUUUGGAUUUGAAAUGGAACAGUUUUAUGGCACAAAUUCGAGAAAAACGUGAUUUAGUCGGGGGAGAGAAACGCGAUUCAGCAGGCAAGAACACGGUUUCAAAGUGGAGUAGCUACAUAACUGCAGAGGAUGAGGACGGGGACGAGGAUCCUCUAACCUCGAAGAUUAUUGAGAAGAGAAAAGGUGGCGAAGAUCAUCUCUUACAGUUGUGGAUGAACGAUGAGGGAUUAGAGGAAGACAUCCACCAUGAUUUCCUCUGAAACUUCAUCACCUUUCAACUUUUUAAACAAUCUGUUUGCUAUUAUCUGCUUAUUUUAAACCAUUUUUGGAGUUCAAA